AUGACAGAAACAAUUGAAAACUUAAGGGAUUUUAACUAUUACAAAUUAAACACUAAUAAACAUGUUUUAGUUGAGUAUAUUUGGAUAGAUGGUACUGGAGAGAGAUUAAGAUCCAAAACUAAAGUUUAUAAUAAUGCAAUUUAAAGUUUGGAAGAUGUUGAAUGGUGGACAUUUGAUGGUUCAUCCACAGAUCAAGCAAUCACAAAAUUUAGUGAGAUUUACUUAAAGCCUGUAUGUAUGGUAAGAGAUCCUUUUCGUGGAGAUCCUCAUAAAUUUGUAUUAUGUGAAACAUACAAACCAGAUCGUAAAACACCAGCACGUUUUAAUUUUAGAUGGAUUGCUGAAAAAAUAAUGUAAGAAGCUAGUGAUAGUGAUCCUUGGUUUGGCAUUGAAUAAGAAUAUUUUAUGUUAAAAAGAACAGGAACAACCCAUUUAUGGCCUUUGGGAUGGCCAAAUGGAGGUUUUCCUUAUCCAUAAGGAAGAUAUUAUUGUUCAAUAGGAGAACGUAAUAAUUUUGGAAGAGCCUUAUCUGAAGCUCAUUAACGAGCUUGUCUUUAUGCUGGUUUAAAGUUGUCUGGAAUUAAUUCUGAAGUUGCUCCAUCAUAAUGGGAAUUUCAAAUUGGAAUUGCUCAUGGAAUAGAGGCAGGAGAUCAUUUAUGGUUGGCAAGAUAUAUAUUGGAAAGAUUGGGUGAAGAGUUUGGAAUUGAUAUCAAUUAUGAUCCAAAACCUAUUUAAGGAGAUUGGAAUGGUACAGGAGCUCAUUGCAAUUUCUCAACAACAAAGACAAGAGAAUAAGGUGGUUAUGAAUACAUUAAAGAAAUCAUGUUACCUCUUUUGGAAAAGAAUCACUAAAAAAUGAUGUUGUUGUAUGGUUUAAACAAUGAAGCAAGAUUGACAGGGAAACAUGAGACAGGAGAAUAUAAUUAAUUCUCUUGGGGAGAUGGAUCAAGGGGAUGUUCUAUUAGAGUACCCAUAAUUACAAAAGAAUUAGGCAAAGGGUAUUAUAUAUUUGUGUAAUAAUAGAUAUUUGGAAGAUAGAAGACCUGCAGCCAAUAUGGAUCCAUAUCUUGUAUGUAGUGCUUUGGUUGAUACAACAUGUAUGAAUGGGAAGAAUCUUAUGUCUCUUAUUGAAUAAUUUGCUGAAUCAUUAAAGUAAUUAUGAAAAAACUAGUUAUUUCAUAUAAUUAUGAAAAAAUUUUUGUUUUUUGACAAAGACCUGAAUUGAAUUUCUGCACAUUCAAUUAUAUCUUUGCUGAGUACUUCCAUUCUAUAUCUAGAUAUAUUUGCUACUUGAAGAGAAAACACGGAAACGAUUACAAUGAGAUGAACUCUAAAAUGGAACAAUUAGGAGUUUCGGUUGGAAUCCGACUUUACGAACUAGUAAGUCUUAGAGAAAGAAAUAAAAGUGAAACAAAAUUAGUUGAAUAAUUAAGGUUCAUCUAAGGGAUUGUAUAAUGAAUAAAAAACUUUUCGUAGUUUUGGAAACAUCUCUUUGGUAGACAAGCAGAAUCGAUUGAAAGAUUGAAGGAUAGACCUAAUGAUUAUCUUAUUAGAGAUGAGAAUCCAUUGCUUCUCAAAUAUAUAUCUGAAGAAGGACAUAUAUCCCCUGCAUAAUUUAUGUGUGGGAUUCUGAAAGUAUUCUUUAUUUACUAUAAUUAAGGGAGUCUUGAAUGCAUCUGGAUUCACAUGUCAAGUCUCUUAUUAAUUUAAGACUGAUGAACGAGGUGUCAGCUAUUAUCCACAUACUGUAUUUAUCUUAAGUUUCGAAGAUGCCAGAGAUUUAUGA